AUGGGUCGUGAGUUUGAUGCUGAGACACGUGCGUCAUUGCUCGCGGUGAACGGGGAGGAGGGCGACAAGCAACGCUCUUUUGAUGAACGGGCUAAGAAGGCGAUGAGAAAUUUGGAGAAAUGUGAACAGCAAUUAAAUACACGCCGACAUCAGUGGCGGAAGCGUCUGAAUGAUUUAUGGGGACCGGAGCCGCCGUAUAAAUUGCAGCCCGAAGAUGCCGCCAGUUGGAUUUGUGGUCAGCUGUACUACACAUGGAUAGGCGACUUCAUGUUCCGCGCUGCACGGGAGGAGCUGAGUGAAGAGGAGAUGCCAGGACCAACGCGCAUGUCCCGCGCAUACAACAGUGGCCUGAUGCUGUCGCGUGUCCUCCAGCAGCAGCGGUUCCAACGUCGUGUGUGGGAUGCGUACAUUGGCGUAGAGGUACGCCACCGCAGGGACCGUGACAGUGCGGGGGAGCUCCGUUGGGUGGGGUACGCGCAGCAGAAGCGCACACCGCGGCAACUUUACGCAGGGGUGGAGUGGCGUGUGCCGCCCACUCACCGCCUGAAGGAGGAAAGCAGGAACGCGUCCCGCUCGCCCUUUACGAAUGGUGUUGUGGAGGGUGAAUAUCUGUUUAACACGUCCUCCGGGAACGCCACCGCCACCUGUGAGCGCGUGGAAGACAUUGUCAUCCAUUGCCCCUUGCCGGAGAAGAAGCGGCGGCAGGGCGGUAUGCCGGUCACAACGCAGAAGAGGCCGAAGCCCAUGUCUGUUGCACGCGCCCUUUUCAGCGCGCUUGGCUACCACGUUUACGUGCUUAUUCCCUUCCGUUUGCUCCGUGACACCUGUCAACUCGCCGUGCCGGUGGUACUUCAGUAUUAUAUCGAGUACAUCGAGACAGCGGACCCGAGCUGGCGUGACGGGCUGCUGCUUGUUUUGGCCUUUUCUUUCCUAACACUUGUGCAGAGUGCGGCUGGCAGCAAACUGACGCAGCUCGGAUGGCGCAGCGGCUACACGUUUCAGAACGCACUGCAGGGCGUUCUCUUUGAGAAAUGUGGAACCAUUUUAAGAAAGGCACUUUCCCACCCGGAGAUGAGCGUGGGCCGCAUUGUCAACAUGGUGAGCAGCGACAUGAACAGCGCGAGGAGUUUUCCACUGAUGCUACCCUUCUUGUUUGGUGCCCCGCUGCAACUCAUCUUUGCCCUUGCGCUUUUGUAUCGCCUUGUUGGCUGGUGUGCCUUUGCUGGCUUCGGUGUCCUUAUUCUUUUUAUGCCACUGCAGGGAAUUCUCAUGCGCCGCUACUACACCGUGUACGGACGACUCUCGCGGGCGACAGAUGCGCGACUUAAGGCGACAAAUGAGUUUUUCUCCGGCGUGCGAAUAGCGAAAUUUAUGUCGUGGGAACCGUCGUUUAUUCGACGCAUUGAGGAGAGACGACGGGAGGAGCUCGUCGCUCUGCGUGCCUCGCAACUGUUGUAUGUCUCCGUCUCGUUUCUCACCAACGCUAUUCCGGCAUUUGUCGUGGCGGUUGUCUUUUUGCUGUACAUUGAGAUGGGCCACGAGUUGACCCCCGCCAUUGUGUUCCCAGCCAUUGCGCUGCUCGGAAUCAUGCAGACACCAUUUGUCAUGAUUCCUGUCGCCCUUUCAGGUUUGGUUCGCUUUGUUGUGUCCAUGCGCCGCAUCACGAAGUUCAUUGAAUGCGAGGAUGCCGAUGACGGGAUGCGGGAGAUGCUUCUGCAGCAUACGGCCAACAGCCGGGCGAUACCAGAAGAGAUCAAAGACCUGAUGCAUACACCCAUUGUGGCAUCGGUGGCGGCGGAGUUCACACGCGCUACCAUCUCCACAUUUGUACCGCAAAAACUACCACCGAAUGCAAAGGAGCUGCGAGCCGCGCAAAAGAAGAAGCCGGAUGGUGCAGAGCCUACAAGCUCCAGCCAGUACUAUGAGCUGCGGCCAAAAGACCUCCUUCACGGCAUUACACUGUGUAUUCCGAAGGGGAAACUUACAUGCGUAGUUGGUGACACCGGUAGCGGCAAGUCCACGCUGAUUGAAUCUUUGCUUGGCGGCCACGAGGUGACAUCGGGUUUCCUCCGUUCCGUGCCAAACAUCGCCUACGUGCCGCAGCAGGCAUGGAUCAUGAACGCCACGCUGAAAGAGAACGUUCUUUUCUUUAGCGACAUGGACGAGGCUCGCUUUCGGCGUGCGCUGCGUUGCACACAGCUGGAAUCGGACCUCAAGCUUCUCUUGAACGGUGUGGAGACGGAGAUUGGUGAGCAGGGAGUAAACUUGAGUGGUGGGCAAAAGGCACGCGUCAGCC